AUGUCGACAUCCAAGCGCCCAUCUGUCUUCUCUCGACUGUCCUCGAGCGGUGCCUCCAUCAGAUCCUCAUCCUCGACACAGCCCUCUCUCUUCAAAGGCUUCCAUGACACCACCGUCUGCGCCCGGUACGCGAAGGACGGCAAGGGCUACGACUUCCACUCGACGUACCCGUACGGCACGAGUGCCUCCCGCUCUUCGUCGUCGUCGUCGUCGUCGACGCACUCGACGUCCGAGUCCGACGUCGCUGUCGAGAGCAGCCGCAGCUUGACGCUCCGUUACGCCAAGGACAGCAAGGGACACGACUUUGCGUCCUCGUACGCGUACUCGCCGCCAACCGCCUCCUCUACUACCCUGGUCGACUCGGAUGCCGUGCACGCCGAUCGGUACAGCGAUCACAACAAGAACAUGCGAUAUGCUUGGCACCAAGGCCGACAGGGGUCUUGA